AUGAGACGCCUGUGCCGUGUGCAGAGGCUGCCAAGCCCCAAGGCACGUCCGGGCCAGACGAAACCCCUCUCGUGCACGGUCGGGGCAACGCCAGCAUCUCGCUUCCUCUCCCAAUUCCGGUGCAUUUCGCGAGAAGCAAGAUGGAGCGGGAUUAAUGCACGACUGGGCGUCUCCACUCGCCAGCAUUCGACUACCACGCUCCCCAGGCAUGCACUUUGCACCUCUUCUUCCUACUCUACACGCGCAUUCGAGCCAGCGAUCGGCGAAGUGCCGGAAGAUGAGCCAAAUCUCGCCGAGGAAGGCCGCGUGAUCGAAUACAUCGAAGACGGCGUGCCCAAGCUUGGGCUGUUGCUGCAGAAGCUGGAGGAGCACGAGCGGGAGAGCAAAUCGCUCUGGAUCGUGGGCAGCCAGGAUGCUCGCAAGUUCGCCCUCUCCCAGGCCAAGUUCUCCUACGUGUGGCCAGAGAUGCCACAGCUCGGACUGGUUGAUGGCAUCACGGCACAAGCGGUACGAGGCAAUGCCAAGCAGCUUGCCGCGCUGGCCAAAGAGGCUGAGGACCUGCGGGCCACGAUCGCUCCUGAGCGCCUGCAAGCGCUGUGGGAAGAAGCUCAGCUGACAGGGGAUUCGCCAGACUCGCCCAGGAAGACAAUCACUCCCGUGCAAGCUGCCCAGUUCCUCUUUGGCAGCACCGGCCCGCUCGAGACCUACGCGGCGCACGGCCUGCUGUGGGAGACGCGGGUGUACUUCAAGCCGCGAGGCAAGACCUUUGUCUGUAGGGACCGCGAGAUGGCAGAGGAGCUCAAGGAUUCACUGCAGGACCGAGUAGACAGUGUCAAGCAUUCCAAGCUCUUCCUCAUCAAAAUGCGACACAAGCUCGAACGUGCUGUUGGUGGAGACCAGGCACCUUCUGCCUUCUUGCCAGACAUUGCGGACCUCAGCAAGGAAUACCAAGCGUGUUGGAAGAGUCUCAACUACGCUGAGGACCGAGCCAGCACAGACGUGGACCUUGUGGCUGGCGGGAUGGACUCCCUGACGGAGAAGCAACACCUAGACUUCCUCAAGAAGUAUGCCGCUAUGAUCAUCUCUGAGACGCCCAGCUCUGAGCCGAUCGAUGUGACGGAGCACACCCCGCUCGAGGGUCUCUUGAAGGAGGGUGCCAAUUCGGUCGACCUCUUCAACGCCAUGGUGCAAUUAGGCGUCUUCUCUGAAAAGGAGAACCUGGACAUCAUCCUCCACCGCCGACCACUCCACUUCCCUGAAGAAGCCUCCACUUGGGUCAACGAGGUGCUCGCUCAACCGCCGCCGGAUAGCGACGGAGGAAAACGACUGGACUUGCGGCAACUGCCAGUCUACACCAUAGACCCGCACGACGCCUACGAGAUCGACGAUGGCCUGUCCAUUCAGACCGACGAGGAUGGCGACACCUGGGUUUAUGUACACGUGGCCGACCCCACGAGGGCGCAGUCGUUGUACCUCCCCAACGGCGUGUCCCUGCCCCUGUUUCCGCCCAAGUUCACCUCUCAGGCCGUGGCCUUGCGACCAAACACCCGAAGCUGCGCUCUGACAUUUGCAGCCAAGCUCGACCGUGAGAGCGGUGAAAUCAAGGAUUACAAGAUCGCCCCCACGCUGGUGGAGAAUGUGCACGGCCUCACCUACGGGCAGGCCGAUUCUCUCAUCCUCUCCGGGCAGGAGAAGUACGCCAAGGCCACGGCACAGUAUCUCCCGCUUCAUCUUCAGGAGGAGCAGCAGCUGUUGGCUGUUCCCGACGCCGACGAACGGGAAGAGCGCAAGAACGAUAUCAAGGAAAGCCUCCGACGCUUGGGGCUCAACCAUAAGUUGGGCAAGAAGAAGGGGGAAGCGUCGCGCAAGGAGGCACCACACAGGACACUCGAUCUGCAGCGUGUGGAGUCCGCAGAUACGUUCAGCAACAGGGAACUGGCGAGGCCGGGCGUGGACAAGGAGGCCGCGAUGGGUGCAGUGUGGGGUCUACACGAAAUGGCCAAGUUGCGGCGACGCUACCGCGAGCAGAGGGGCGCAGUUAUCGUGUCUCUGCCCACCACCGCCAUCCGCAUCGAUGAUGUGGCACAGCAUCGAGGUGUGAGGGUGCGUCGGCUCGAGUCCAAGGUCACCGAGGAGGGUGCCAACCUGGGGCAGGAAGGCGCGAGUGAAGAAGGCGAAGAGGAAGAGGAGAUCGAGGGAAUGCAAGAGAGCACGGGCGCGCGUAUGAUGGUGGAGGAGCUGAUGCUUCUCGCCGGUGAGAUCGCUGGCAAGUUUGCCGAGGCCAGAGGGAUCCCAAUCCCCUUCCGCGUUCAGCAGCGACCUCCGGGCGACUCAAAAUAUUUAGAUUAUCUCGUGCGGGGCAAGGAGAAGAAGGCCGUUGUAAAGUCGUGGAAGUCGCUGGUGGGGCUGCCGCCCACGAAAUACUCGUCCGUUCCCGGACCUCACUUCUCGCUGGCACUCGACAGCUACGCUCAGGUGACCUCGCCAAUGCGACGAUACGCCGACGUGUUGGCUCAUCACCAGAUCAAAGCCGCUCUUCGUGGCGAGGAGCCUCCCUUCCUUUCGUGGCAUUUCGUCCCCAUGUUCCAGACCAUGAUCCAAAGGAAGCAGGAGUUCGCAUCGCUGGUGGAGGUGAUUUCCAGGCGGUGGAUCAUUCAGUACCUCAAGGAGAACAAGGACCGACCAUUCCGUGCGGUGGUACUCGAAGUGCAGGAGAAGAGGGCCGGCGGUAACUUGAUCGGCGACAGUCGUGCGACGGUGCUACUGUCGGAGCUCGGGUGGCGCACCAUCGUCACCGUGCCCAAGUCCGUCAAGCAGGGCCACGCCCUCACCCUGCGAGUCCGUACGGCCGACCCGUGGACCAACUACGUCUCCUUCUUCAAGCUGCGCCAAUAA